AGAGAGAGAGAGAGAGAGAGAGAGUCUCUGUGCGUCGGACUCGGGUCGACUCGGCUCGCCAGAGGAGCCGCAGACGGACGCGUGCGACGCAACUUGAGACGAUUCCCGUCAAGACGUCCGUCCUCUCAGAGCCCAGAAACUCUCCUCCCAAGUGCCGGCGGGCAAGAAGCGAGGUGGAAACCCGGAUUGAUCGGCGGCGGCUCAGCAGGAUAUUCAACCCUCUUUGAAACGCUGAAUGAGGAUCGCCCUAGAGAAGAAGAAAACGAACACAGCUGAAAGAAGCCUGGGGAGAUAGAAGAAUAUAUUGAGUAGUGUGGGGAAACGGAAAGAAAGAAGUGACUGGCACUUGCCCUCUAGCUAAGUCAUAGGUGCAGAUUGAAAGAGUGACAGGUGGGGGAUAAAACAAGGGAAAACAGCAGAGAGAAUGAAGACAGACUGGAAACAAGGACUGCCUCACAGCAACUAUUGCUCCAAUUAGGACAUCUUCCCACAAGACAAGAUGAUUACAAGUAAUCUUCUAUUGGUUUCCAUGUGCCUGUGGGAGGUACUGUCAGGAGGAGUUUUUGCCAGCAAGGUUGUAUGGAUGAGAGGAGUAGGUGGGUCGCACAUGAUGAAGAUGGAGGAGAACAAAGCUACGGACCAAUGGGAAGCAAGCAGGGAGACAAAUGUGAUGCCAGUGGUGACUCUAAGAAAUCUGAUUAGUCACGCACUGCCAAGUGACACUGGACCGUACGCCAAAGAGCCGCCUAAUCACGCCGCUCCGUCGGCCGCCAUCAAAGAAAGGCAAGCUUUGAAGCCUAAGCAUGAGGUCGAUACUGUUAGCAAGAAAGAGGUCAGCCACCACAAGGAGUUAAGUCAGAAUUCAAAGAAAGCUAAGAACACGACAAAGAAUGUUAAAACAAUCAUACAGCAUCACAAGCUGGACUUGCAUUCUAACAAAACCCGAUUCAGAUCAAGUUCAAGAUCAAAAGACAGACCUGAUUUGAACAUCUACGCAACAGGCAUUCCGGGGAAAGUGAUAAGCAUCGAGUCAAACCGAAAACUGAACCUCAGCGGAAGUUCGGAAGUUCUGAAAGUGCUGUCUAAAGAAAACCUAGUGAGGAUAGUCAAUUCCCAGAUGCAGAAUGUUCCCAGCUUGAACUUUCCAAGCAAGGGCAGCCGGAGCAGAAAGAGAGAUUUGAUUGACGUUAAUCACGGACAGUUAGAGACUCUGAAAAUAUCGAGACAAGACAUGUCUGUCACUGGCUCUGAUAACCAGACUGCAUUUCCAUACAAAAGUACAGUCACCGCUCCCGAGCUUAAUCAAGACCAUAGUACUGACACAAUUCAUCCUAAAGUGGAAGUCCCGAGUUUAAGUAACGGGCAGGAAGCUUUGGGAUUACAAACCUCAGAUGGCGGUCAAAACAAGAGAAAACGGGGUCUAUUCAGGUCAACACCUCUUGACACAGUCAGUCUGAGCUCAGAAAAAGGAAUAGCAAUCAACCCAACAGAAUCAGCUCUCAAACUGACAAAACAUUUCCCACUGCAUGUUCCCUCUGAAACAAAUGGUGCCACUCCAUCUGUGCUGACAAUGCAGCCCCAAGGACUCAGACCUGGGAACAGAACGGCAGAUUCCCACAGAGACCCAUUAACGGAGUCAGUUCACACUGCUCAAACAGAGCUCAGCACAGCUCACUACUCAGCAAAUGAAGAGAAAAAGCUUGUCAACAGCACUCAUAUCCUAAGGCUCCAUCCAGCUCCUGAAUGGAACCAUGACGCAAAAGGUGCUGAGACGCAGGUGGAUGAUCCAGAACAUGGGAAUAACUUGGUAUUUGAAGAAGCAGAGUCAGAGGACCAGGCAGUUGAUUCCGUGGAACCGAAGAGGUCUCGCUCUCGGAGCAGGAGAAGCUGGAUAUGGAACCAGUUCUUUGUCAUCGAAGAAUACGCCGGGCCUGAACCUGUUCUCAUUGGCCGGCUCCACACCGACAUGGACAGGAAUGAUGGACGCACUAAAUAUGUCCUGCGAGGCGAGGGGGCGGGCUCCGUCUUCGUGAUCGAUGAGAAGACGGGCAACAUCCACGUCACAAAGCCGCUGGACCGCGAGGAGAAGGAUGAGUACCGCCUCGUCGCCACGGCCACGGACAGGCAGACGGACCGCGCCCUGGAGCCCUCGUCACAGUUCAUCAUUCGGGUGCAGGACAUCAACGACAACCCGCCCCUCUUUGAUGACGGCCCCUACAGCGCCACCGUGCCUGAGAUGGCAAACAUAGGCACCUCCAUCAUCCGGGUGACAGCGACAGACGCCGACGACCCGACUUACGGGAACAGUGCCAAGCUGGUGUACACUCUGGUCCAGGGCCAACAGUACUUCUCUGUCGAUCCCCAGACAGGUAUCCUGCGCACAGCCGUCCCUGACAUGGACAGAGAGACCCAGGAUCAGUACCUGGUGGUCCUUCAAGCCAAGGACAUGGGAGGCCAUUUAGGGGGCUUGUCCGGGACCACCACCGUCACAGUCACCCUCUCCGACGUCAACGACAACCCUCCGCGCUUCACCCAGAGUAUGUGGUCCUUCUCCGUGUCCGAGCUGGCCGUCCCCGGAGCCGAAAUAGGACGCAUCGCGGCGGGCGACGCCGACCUCGGAGACAACGCCAGGCUGGAGUACACCAUCUUGGAGGGCGAGACGGGCGACACGUUCAACAUCUCAGGAGUCAACCAAGACGCGGUCAUCACGCUGAACAAGGCCGUCGACUACGAAAGCCGCAGCUCCUACUCCUUCUCCGUGGAGGUCCUCAACCCCACCGUGGACCCUCGCUUCCUGCGUCGAGGACCUUUUAAAGACCGGGCCUCAAUCAGAGUCGCGGUGCUGGAUGCCGACGAGCCGCCAAGGUUCUCCAGGGCCCGGUACCACAUGGACGUGUCAGAAAACUGCCCUCCGGCCUGCACCGUGGGCCGAGUCAGUGCUGUGGACCCGGACACUGGUCUGACCAACAACAUCAGGUUCUCCAUUGACCCUCAGUCGGACCCGGAGGCUUUGUUCCGUAUCACCCCGGACUCUGGCCUCAUCACCACGGCCAUGGAACUGGACCGGGAACGCGAGCACUGGCACAACAUUACGGUCAUUGCCACCCAGAGAGACAACCCCAGCCAGGUGUCCAGGGUUCUGGUUGCUAUAGAGACUUUGGACCUCAACGACAACGCCCCCGAGCUGGACAGGCAGUACACAACAGCCAUGUGCGACUCAUCUACCAUAGGGCAGGUGGUGCAGGUGUUGCGGGCGAUUGAUAGAGAUGAGGGCGGGAAUGACAGCUCCGUGUUUUUCAGCAUCCCCCCGGAGUCCGGCACCGCCCUCAACUUCAGCGUCAGGGACAGUGGUGGUCCCACCGCCAGCCUGGUGCUGCUCUCCCAGCUGCAGCCGCUGUCCCGUUCCUCGGCCUCCACCCUCACCCUCCACGUGCCGCUGGUCCUAAGAGACGGCACGUCGGGUCUGACCAGCACCGGCACGGUCACGGUCUCGGUCUGCCCCUGCCUGAGAGGCGGAGCCAAGACCGGGGAGAAGGGCAAACAGGUGGAGGGCGAGUGGGACUGGGAGAGAGAGGCGGUGUGUCUUCCUCAGCAUUCCACCUUGCCUUCACCCGGGCUCAGCACCGCUGCCCUGCUGGCCAUACUCGCAUGCGUGGCUACGCUCCUGGCGGUGAGCGCCCUGUCCUUGUCGCUGCGGCGUCAGAAGCGGGACUCUCUGUCGCCGCUGGAGGACGACGACGUGCGCGAGAACAUCAUCACCUACGACGACGAGGGCGGCGGCGAGGCGGACACGGCGGCCUUCGACAUUGCGGCGCUGCAGAGCGCCCCCCACAGCUCGCGCUCCCGCAGCUACCGCACGCUGGACAGCAGGAACGUACGCUACGCCCAACGUGGCCAGGACAAAGGUCGCAUGUACAGCUGGACCCAGAACCCGGGCGUGGACCACAACUACUCUGGCCCGGGUGGACCCCUCUAUGGCCGCCUGUGCUACAGCAGCCACACCUUACCAGUUCUACGCCGCGCACCGGGCGGAGCCUUCGAACCGGGCCUGGCAGAGCUGGGCUACCACUUUCCCGGGGGCCAGCCGGACCACUCGCUGGUCAUCCAGAACCAGGCCGUCAUGGUCGGCCCGCUGGACCCGGGGGCCGUGUACGUCACCCCCGCGGACCUCAGCGCGGGGAGCCGGACGGGGAGCCAGGCGGGCAGCCGCGACGGCACCGCCACCCAGAGCGGCGUGAGCACGUCGGACGAAGGGACGCCGCGGACCGGCGACAGCCAGGAGAAGCGGCGAGGGAUGAGGUCUUCCAGCAACUGCACCGAGGACAGCAGUGAGGACAGAGUCAACCACACCCAAGAUCUGGACUGGGUGCAGUCGGAGACCCUACCCAGGGAGAACAACCUGGUCCUGACGCGAUCCGGCUCCACGGGGGCCUGGAUGUGCGACUCGGCCACGCUCCCGGUGGCGGGUCGCAGGGCUUCCCGAGCCGGCGUGUCCACCAAAGGCGAGUCGGACUGCGGCGGAGGAGCUGGGACCGCCUCUUCUGACGGACAAGCCGGCAACGGACGCGGCAACUACGCCGCCGUGUUGCAGGGUGAGGCGCCCGGGAGAGGAGGACUGGAGAUGGGCAGCAACUUUGUGGUGGCAAGGCCAGAGAGAGAAACUGGUGGGAUGUCUUUGACUGGGACUCCAUCGGUCUACCCAGACUCUGGGUUGAUUGGGGACUGGCGAGAUCGGGUGGGUUUGGGAGGUUAUGUGUUGGCAAGGAUGGAUAUGACCCCCCAGCUUUUACCCUUCCCAGGUCAACCUCGGGGAGCCUAUGGGGGCGUCGUUGGCUUUAGUCCUGGUUGGGGCCCAGGAAUGGAGGCAUCCAGGGGGACACCAGGUUCUGGAGGUCCCUCUUUGGCUCUAAGGGUGGGCGAGUUCCUACGCCUACGCCUGGCCCAGGUCACUUUUGACCCGUCCCAGCCGCCGUACGACUCCGUGCAGAUCUACGGCCUGGAGGGCACCGGGUCCCGGGCUGGCUCCCUGAGCUCACUGGAGAGUGAAGGAGAGAAGGAGGCGGAUAAGGAGGACUGGGGUGCCGGAUUGGAGGAAUGGGGACCCCAGUUCCAGAAGUUGGCGCAGCUCUUCAGAAACCACGAAAAGGAGAAAGAAACCAAGGAGCAAGUGGAGGACGGCGCCAAAGAGGAGACCGACAAGAGGAAGGACUGAAGGGAGACUUUGAAAAGGAACAAAGAGUGAACAGACGGAGGGAAAGAAGCAGGACUAGAAGAACGUGAAGAGAAGUUAAAUGGAGGAAAGAUGAAGAGGCAAAGUAAUAAAACAAGACGCAGACAAAUGAGCCCAGGGAAGGAGAGGAAGUGAUUGAUGUAAUUUAAAGCAAUAAGCGUUAAAGCGCUGAAACGACUGAGCACGGAAACCCGGCACCGUACAAAGGAUGACGGACGACUUGUCCAACGCGUGGGACAAAGAAAAACAAGCGGGUCAUAAAAGGACCGGUCCGGCGCGUGCGGUGGAACCUCCGCUUGCGAACCUCAGCCGAUCUCGGACAGGAGUCGAGAAUAGAAAAGUUAGCGUACCGAAACUAAUUCAUCCACGACGUAAACACAACCUGGCAGGCACAAGACAUUGAAACAAUGUUGAUUGCACAUACAAGUCAUUUAAAUUUGUGAAUCUAAUGUUGGACACACGUUGUUGGUUGGGAAAUGACCAAAUUUCAACGAUCAAAUCAACAUCGGAACCCGACAUUGAUUGAACGUUGUCAAAAAGCACGUUGUUUCAACGUUGUAUUUG